AUGAAACUCAUCGACAGAGCAUUCCAUCGUCUCGCUCGCAAGAUGAAGCACCGGAAGCAGGAGCACCGCCUGCCCGAUGGCAGAUGGAAGCCACGACAAGAGGGGCAGAGCCUGACCGACUCCGAGACGAGGCAACCACGUGCGUCGGACAAGGUGAAGGAGCAGAGUCCGACCGGCUCCGAGACGCGGCAACCACUUGCUUCGGACAAGGCAAAGGAGCAGAGUUUGGACGACUCCGAGACGAGGCAACCACUCGCUUCGGACAAGGCAAAGGAGCAGAGUUUGGCCGACUCCGAGACGAGGAAACGGCUCGCCGAGGACAAGGCAAGGCAGCAGGAGUCGUGCGCCCUCCUCCAGCUUCCCCUCGAGUCGAUCCUAGACAUCGCCGACAAUCUUCCUCGAAGCAUCUUCGGCGACGACAACCCAGUCACCAGGCCCCAGCAGCAUCUUCAACGAUUUCUAGCUCCGCACCACAGGACGGUGCGCCAUUUUGAGGGUUCACUUAACGUCCAGUUGAGCGUCUACCCCCGCAUCGUCGGCAACAGGUUCCUAUUGCUCAGCGAGUGGCGCAUAGAGACGGAAGCGCAUAAAGUCUGCACCACCAAGGGCAUCCACGGCCACAUCCUUAUCUGCCGACACCAAGAAUAUAGCCAAGACGCCUGGCUGCUUCCUCCGGACGAGGUUCCCGAGGCGGGCGCCUUGUGCGAAGCCUUUGGCCAGCUGGCUUCGCAGCCACCAGACUUUGAGGCUCACGGCGCCUGUGCCUCGUGCACAACUGACUUCUCAGUGCAAGGCACCAGGAAUCGCUGCCAUAUCCGCUCCUGGCAGGACCUUGGACCCGAGGGCGCGGUCACUCAUUUUCGGGCCUUGCUGGCGGGAGGUUCCGCGAUAAGCCACCACGAACCGGGCAGCGUGCGGCAGCUGCACUUUGCGAAAUGGUCGUCCGUGGCCCUGGUCGCGGCCUUGGUCUGGCUCUGA